AUGUUUCGCGCGGUCGCGCGCGCCUGCGCCCGGGCGCGAUCGCGCGCGGACGCGCAAACGUGCGGUCGAACGCGCGCGCGCGACGAGUCGGCGGUGUGGACGUCGGUGCGCGCGACGACGCCGAGGUGUUGGCUCGGGACAAAGGUUGAACUCGCCGAAGACGACGGGACGAGCGCGAGCGCGAGAGAGGACAGCGCGAGAGAGCAGACGCUGCGCCGACGGCACGUGGCGAGCAUGCGACGCGCGCUUCGCGCGAAUGAUUUUGAGGGCGUGCGGAGAGAGUUUGAGGCGCUCGCGGCGUCGACGACGAAACCGGGACGCGCGGCGUGGAACGUAAACGUGCUCGCGGCGGCGCGAGCGCGAGAGCCCGAGGCGGCGCUGUCGAUCGUCGAGUCAAUGCUCGCGGAUAAUAUCGGACCGGAUGUGAGCACGCACACGGCGGUGAUGCAGGCUUACGUGCGCGCGGGACGAUACGGGGACGCGUUUAACUGGUUGAAGAUGCACCUGUACGGCGUACCGAAGGACGUUGAACAAGGCUUUGAUGGCGAAGAUAACGUAGAAAUGGACACGAGGUAUGAUCUAUCACAUGUGAUUGGGGACAUGAUCGAUGGCGAUGAGGAACACGUGUCGAAGACGCGCGUGAAUAGCAUGAUGUUUACAACCGUGAUGAACGGCGCGGCAAAGGCGGGCGACCGAGCAACGGUGCAAGAAAUCGAGACGAUGAUGUUUGAGUUCGAUGUGGCACCUUUAGCAGAUACGUUACACUGUUUGCUCAAGCUCGAGCGCGUCGCGGGGACGAGUGCAUCGGUGGAAUCUGUGUGGGAUCGUUCCAAGCUCAAAGCGCGCGCGUUGAAAGCACAUCAAGAACGCGUCGUCGCUCACGCGUUUCUGGGUCGCCAAAGAACGCAGCGCGCCGCCGAAUCGCGUGCGCUCGCAGUGAAAGCAUUAGAAGAUCUGUACGAUCGCGUGGGUCGGAAGCGCUCGGACGAAGACUUUGCGAAGCUGGAGAAGAACAAUCAUUCAGGGUCGAGAUAUGCUCGCUGGACCGGCGAACGUGGUUUAGAAGAGUACCGAAACAACUUGGUGAGCGACGACGAUAUCAAGAAAGUCGGAACGAAGGAAGUUUUAAUAGCCACGAACGCCGUGAUGCUCGCGCAUGCUGCGGUCGGUGACACGGACACAGUCAAUACAUGGUUUGUUCGAAUGGAAGAGGAUUUGGGCAUCAACGCAGACGUGCGAACGUUCAACGCAGUACUACGCGCCGAAUACAUGCGAGAUAAGAUAAAGCUCGGUGUCGUGGAUCAUGAGCAAGCAAUGAUGCGAUUUCAAGAAGUGAUGCUUGCGAUGGAAGAUCGAGAAGUCGAGCCGACGACGUACACGUUUUCGACACUUCUCUUGGCGCACGCAGAACAAAGCCACUUACCCGGUGUCGCAGAGGUUUUGAAGCUCAUGCAAGAGCGAGGACUCGCGCUUGAUACUACGAUGUACAAUAUUUUAUUGGGUGCUUGCGCGCGAGCGGGUGAUUUAGACGCUGCGCUCAACGCGCGGGCAAGCAUGGUCAAGUCUGGCAUUGCCGCCGGCCCAGACACGUUCGUGCCGCUCUUCGCCGCGUGCACGAAACAGGCGGAGGAACUGGACUUGGACGGUGAUAUGUUUGAAUUAGAUGAAGAAGUCGUUGGACCUCUGUUAGAUCGCACACGAGCGACUUUAGAUAGCGUGGAGUUGGAUAUGCUCUCAAGCAACGUCGAGCACAACACGCAGUCGUUCACGGCUUUGGUCAAAGCCAGAGGGGCUUUGGGUCAGCCAGACGCCGUGUUCGACAUGAUCAGCGAAUUGCCAGAAAACAUCGAACUCGACGAAGUCGCCAUCGGCCUGAGUGUUUUGGCGGUUGCGAAGCGUGAACCAACCAAGGCUAUUGCGCUCGCCGAUUCCCUCAUGGACGAGUCGAUGGUGCUGGAUCCGUGGCUUCUCAACUGCAUCAUCACCGCUUACUCUCAUCUCGGUCAAAUCAAAGCAGCUACCGAGCGCGUGCAAGACUUCAUCAAGCGAGGCGGUGUGCCGACUGUCGCAACGUACAACGCGCUCUUCCGAUGCGCCGCCCAGAGCGGCAGCUUUGCCGAAUACGCCCCGCUCGUCAUGAACGAGAUGUCAUCGCGCGAUCUCAAACCGGACAAGUACACUCGCAAAUUUAUCGCUGCUGUCACCGCCGGUUCAUCCGUCCUCGAUCGCGAGACGGCGGAAGCGCUUCUCAAAAAGUGUCCCGGCGGCGACAAGUUCUUCGUCGCCGAAGACGCCGCCGGACAGGACGACUUCGAUUUCCUCGCCGACGCCGGCUUCGACGACGACGACGACGACGACGACGACGAUCUAUUAUUGUAA